AUGGGGGGAAGCGCAAAUAUCAUUGGUUGGUUUUGGCCUUUUGCUUCAACUCCAUGUCAAGGCUCAGGACUAGAGUUCGAAGUUAACGGUUUUGAAGAAAGCACCUUGUCAUGGCCACCCCCUGAUCCAGACCGAAUGUAUAAGCCGAUGCCGCGGAACAACUAUGGAAGCGAUUUUACUCAUGAACAAAACUAUUUAUCACAAAGUCAAGAGGUUGAAGCUUUUAAACUUCGCCAAAGAGAAGAUUUCCGCCGCCAACAGGCUGCGUCAGAAGUACAACGUCGAAGGCCUUUCCACAAACGAUAUAUGCAAAAUGUGGGAAUGACAGACUUCCCUGGCUUAAGUGAAUCUGAAAGUGGGGAAAACUCCGAUAGCGGUGAAGAAGGUUGGAGGGAUUCAGAAGGUGAUAGGCUUCGAGACUUCGGGGUUGAUGAAGAGGUCGAAUUUUAUGAUGAAGACGAUAUCCCACUCGCAGAGCUUCUUCGGCGACGAAAAUCCCACACCAGAGCCUCGACUCUCGAUCGCUGCCAGAAUCUAGAAAUCCAUCGACCCAAACUGGGACAUCAUGAUGGAUGA